AUGUCCAACAACAAUAAUGGUCAAUGGGAAACUGUAACAAAAUCGAAGAAAUUUAAAAAUCUCGAGAAAAAGGUUGUGGCCCACAAAGAAAAGAAGCGUGAAGAAGCACUGAAACCGAAAUUAGAUGAAAUAUUGCCUUCCCUUCAAAUUCGAAAAUUGCUCAAUGAACGCGGCAAGGCUAGUAGCAAAGAUGUUUCCCCUUCAAAAUCAAAUACAAGUACGAAAUCGAAAACAUCAACGCCCAAAAGAACAGUCACCAAGAGUAAAGAUCAAACUGAUACAAAGAAAGCGAAAUCCGACCAGCCCAAACAGCCACCAAAGCCGAAAAGUUUGGACCAAGCUUUUAAAGCAUUAACUCCAAAAGAUUUUACUAUUCAAUUAGAACAUUUCCAAUUGUUAUAUCCCGGUGCGAAAUUAACUUGGUUAAAAGCGAUAACCGGUUAUAUAAAUUCGAAUUUACAAUUUGAAUGUGAUCCUGUUUUUUCUGGACGCUCUACAUCAUAUCCUGGAAAUUUAGCUUCAUCCGAAUUUAAACAAACAUUAAUUGACUUCUUGUCAUCGGAGGGUGAAGAAAAUCUAAAUUACUUUUUCCAUUAUACUCUAUUGGAGAGUAUGUGUACUGAUUUAAAUAACAAUUUACCUGUUGUAGGGUACAAAUUUAUGUUACAAUUAAUUGCUAGAAAUUGGCCACAAAUUUGUUCCUCAAAUAUGGCCAGUACCGCAAUGCUAAAACAUUCCUAUCAAAAUCGUAGCAAUAUCUGCUUAAGUAUAUUGUGGGCGAUAGGUCAAGGAGGCUAUGAAAAUCUGAUGGUGGGCAUAAGAGUGUGGCAAAAUUUAAUGCUUCCAAAUUUAGAGAUGAAAAGUUACUCUCGCUUUGUAACCGAGUACAUUGAAAAGAUUUUGAAUGUGGCCACGGAUCAAAGAAUACAAUUGAAUCAAAAUGAGUUCUUUGAAAUAUAUAAUGCUUUGAAGGCUCACUAUCCUAGUUUACCCCGAGAUUGCCAACAAUCUUUAGUUAGAAGUUCGGAAAUGUUUUUGCAAAAAUUCAUUAGGAAUUGCAAUAAACAUGCAAAUCUCUUCCUUACACUCCUACGCAGUAUUGAGAAUCCUACUAAGAGCAGUAUUGAAACGAAUGGUUGCCUUUCGUGUCUCUUACAUAGUGAUGAGGACUGUUUUAAGGUGUGGAAAAUGAAUUACAAAAAACAGUUGUUACCCACCAUUUAUUUGUUACAAAAAAUUGAAUAUGAAUUAGCUGAAAGUGCUUCAUCAUUGGCAAUGUCUUCUGCAUUCCAUGAUUUUCUAAAAGAUGCUGUACAAUUGAAUGCUGAGUUGGAUUCGGCUAAAAAGCGCGACCCAAAUCUGGAUACCUUAAUAGCUCUAGUUGCG